ACGUCGAAUUAUUUUUUCUGUACAGGUUGAAAAAUAUUUCAUAAUCGUUUGAAAAUUUAAUUAAAUUAUAAACGUAAGAGAUGUAUAAUUAUUGAAAGACUAUACGUAACAUCAUUGAUAAACUCGUUGAAAUCGAAAAUAAUACGUAUGUAUUUUUAAAAGGAUAUCUUUCGAUUGUCCAAAUAAUAACGUAUAUUAUUAAAUGUAACUCGAACGAGAAAAGGAAAAAAAAAAAAAAAGGAAAGAAAAAAUAAAGAAUAGAAAAGAAAAAAAAAUAGAAAGAUAAGAAGAAAAAAAGAAAGCGACGAAAAAAGAAAAAAGAUUGUUGAAAGAUAGCAACGUUUUAUAUAUUUCAUUUUGACGCGCGAACUCUCUUUAUAUUCUGUAAAUUUCAUCGGAAUCGUUCAUUCGUCGGAAUACGGCCGAUGCUCUUCCAUUUCAACUUUAAUCUCGAAUCUAACGAAGUAUUUUAAAAAGUACGAAUAUUGCGAGCGUAGAGAAGUGCCAGGGGAGGAGGACCCACCUCUCACGUUCUCGAGGCAUGCCAACCAAAGUUAUAACGGGCGGGCGCGAAAGCAACGAAAUUCAGCAACUCCCUCGGAAGAUUUUAUUCCCGCGUUUUCUUUCCUUUCAUCCUUCCUCUCUUCUCUCCUCUGUCUCUCUGUCUCUCUCUUUCUCUCCUCUGUCUCUCUGUCUCUCUCUUUCUCUCUCUCUCUCCCUCUUUCCACCGCCCCCUCCCCCCUCCCCGGACCACCUAUCCGGCAUCGAAAUGUUUUCGCGCGGUUAACAUCGUAUGGCCAAGGGUGCUGUAUAUUCAUAAAAAUGUAUGCGUAUGUAUGUAUGUACGUGUGUUUUACGUGCGAGAUGUGCGCGCGCAUCUAUUUUCAAGUGAGUGAGUGAAUGAGUGAGUGAAUGAGUGAGUGAGAGUGUGUAUCUAUAUAUGCAGGCAAAAGAACGAGCAUGGUUCUCACUCGUCACUAUUAACGUCCAAGUGGCAUGUCGGGGUGUAUACAGUGAGAGAGAGAGAGAGAGAGAGAAAGAGAGAGAGAGAGAGAGUGAGAGUGAGAGAGAGAGAGAAGAAAGCGAAAUAGAAGGGUGAAAAGAGGUAUAAGGGGAGAACUCGACAAGGGCGGCAGCAACAGCAGCAGCAGCAGCAAUUUAAGUUACCGCUAUUUCAUGCAAACCUCGUGCACAAGCUAGACCCGAGUAGAUAUUUCGAAACGAUCGUUUCCAUCCUACUGGAUCCGGUUGGACUAAUCGAUAGUGUCGUACUAGGGAGACACGCCCGGCGCUUGCUACGAUAUUUUCCCAAACGAAAGGGAAGCACCUGACACCGAUCGAUGACCAACCAAUGUCGUCGUUCUGUUUUAUCCAUCGUUGUUGAUAGUGGGGAGGGAAAAGGUGGAGAAAAUAGGGAUAAAUCGGUAGGAAUAGAUUUUUAUCUUUGAAAAAGAAUAGUGGUACCUUUUGAAGAGUUCAUUCUGGGAUAGAAGAGAGAAAGUCUUCUCGCACUGCUGUGCCUGUAUAAAAUUCCAUCGACUAUUGUCUUCUUGAGCUCGACAACUCGUUCAGUUGAAACUCGGAUCACAAGGUACAAACGCGACAGGAAUUCGUAUGCGGUUUCCAUUUCUUACCCUUUUCAGAUUCAAAAGUUUGUCUUAAGUUAACACCUGAAGUAUAAAAAUCUCGUUUGCUCUUGCGCGGUAGCCAAUCGGAGGAAAAAGUGAAAAACGUUUCGGUAUAAGUUAAAGGACGAGAAUAACGUGAAACGAAGAAGAAAGAAAGAAAGAAAGAAAGAAAGAAAGAAAGAAAGCAAAAAAGAAAGAAAGAAAGAAAGAAGAAGAAGAAGAAGAAGAAGAAGAAAAGGAUCUCUUUUCUGGUGAAACGGCAAGAUGCCGAUUGAUUUUUAUUACUUUCCACUGAGUCCACCUUGCCGAAUGAUUUUAUUGCUCGGCAAAGCGAUAGGUGUGCACUUCAACUUGAUAUCGAUCAACCCACUCAAGGGUGAACAAAUGAAGGCAGAAUUUUUAAAGAUAAAUCCAGAGCAUACUAUACCAACUAUAAACGACAAUAACGUCGUUUUAUGGGAAAGUCGAGUAAUAAUGCAAUAUCUCGUUGAGAAAUAUGCCAAAGACGAUGCGCUUUAUCCCAAGGAUCCUAAAAAACGUGGUAUCGUAGAUCAAAGAUUAUAUUUUGAUAUUGGCACAUUGUACGAGAACAUCGACAAAUGUUACUUUCCUAUAUACUUGGGAAUGAAGGAUACCAUCGAUGAGAAGAUUUUUCGAAAUUUGGAAAAAUCUUGCGAGAUAUUGAAUACAUUUUUAGAUUCCAAUGAUUUCGUUGCCGGUGAAAAUUUAACCAUCGCCGAUUUUAGCAUAUCGACGAGUAUCGUUGUAUUAAAGAAUUUUGAAUUCGAUAUUGGCCGUUAUGAUAAUGUGGAUGCUUGGUACGAUCGAUGCAAAACCAUAAUGGAAAAAUUUGGUUUCGAGAAGAUUCAUGCACCCGGUAAUAAAGCAUUCAAUGAAGGUUAUCAUGCUAAUUUGGCGAAGUAGUUUAAUUAAGUAAAAUAUAGUUUAGCCAACGUUGUAAUACACGUUUAUCUGCCAAUUGAAAAUUAAACACAAUUCCUCGUCCUCGUUCAUUUAGUUGUCGCGUAUCAUAAAGAAAAAGUUAGAGAAAGAGAGAGAGAGAGAGAGAGUGAGAAAGAGAGAAAGAGAUAGACAGAAAAAGGGAACUAUCGAAAGAGCAAACUUUUUUAAUAAAAGCUCAGAGCUUGUAUAAACUUCACGCAUCGUUUCUCCUUGCCAUUGAAACGCGCGCCGUUUCCCGUCGCGGAGACCGCGUGCGGAACGUUUUAAGGUCCCUAAAUUCCGUUACUGAACAUUCCCAGUUUUAUAUUGUUGUACCAUGGACUGAGGAAUAUUUCGACGAAAGAGUGGCAAUAUCUCAUAGGAUAAUUCUAAUGUAUCAUUAUUAUUUGAUUUUUAUUUGGCCAUAGGGGAAGGGAAGGGAGGAGGGAAAUUGAAAAUUUCUAUGAGAUUUCAUUCAAAAAAUAAUUUACUCUAUAUAUAUAUAUAUAUAUAUUUCAUUUUUAAUGUCAAUCGUUUCUUCAGAUACACGAUUGUAUUUCAACGAAGCAAUAAAAAUAAGAAAUAAAAAUAAAAAAUAAAAAAACAAAAAGAAAGGGAGAGAGAGAGAGAAAAUAAGGAAGAAACGCAAGCUGACAUAUAUUUUCUUUCAUUUUUUUUUCUUUUUUUUUUUUUUUUUUUGCACGUCGAGUAAACAUUUGAAGGAAUUACACGUUCGACCGAGCGCGUUGUUUAUAUUUUCUUUUUUUUUUUUUUUUUGUUUUUUUUUCUUUUUGCCUUUUUAAUCUAAAAACAAAGAUAACAAAAUCUUCUUAUUGAAACGUUUUGAGAGUUAAAUAAAAAUGUAAACACAAUGUAAAUACACGAUAUAAAUAGAACGUUAACUCGUCAAGUAUCAUCGGACUACGUCACCAACAACGUAAAUUUUUUUGGAUUAUGAAUAACUUUGUUAACCUAUUGUUUACCUAUUAUUCUGUUUCAAAACAACACGAAAUUAUUUCCGACUUAAACGAACUCUCGGUAAUAUCGUGUAAGGUCAUUUUCGCGUUAGUCGUUCAUUUCAACGUUCAAGCGGAAACAUCGGAUCGUUGAUCCAUCUCGUUAUUGGAAAUAUUCAAAUUGAUUGAACCGUAAGUUAAUUAAAUAUCUUUAUGAUUGUAUUAAUAUCACAAUUAGGAAAAUGUCUCUUUAAGAUAAUAAUUAUUAUAUCUCGGAUCGAUGAAAUUAUAAAUACAUUCGUAUGUGUUAAAGCAUCUAACGUAAUGGUUUUUCAUUGACAUUUCAUAUUUACCCUAAAUCGUACAGAAUUAACUUUUAAUAAUAUUAAUAAUAUAAAUGUGAAUUACAUUAAUCGUUUCUCUUUUUAUUCCUACGAUAAUAACUUUGGCAAAGUGAAAUAUAGUAUGUGCGGUCUCACGAAUUAACCCUUUGAAUACGAAAGGCGUCAUAUAUACGCCCUAACAAGUUUAUCGAUAUAUACGAUAGAC